GAGGCAUCAUGACACAGCAGGUCAGUGGCUCACCGUUCCUCAAGCCUUUUUUUCUGAAGACGCCUGUGAGAGUGGUCAACCCUCUGCGACAGAGACGACACACACUCCCUGCCAGCGAGUUCAGGAACCUCACGCCGCAGGACGCUAUCAGUGUGUUUGAGAUCGAGAGAGAAGCAUUUGUCUCGGUGUCUGGAGAGUGUCCACUUACCCUGGAUGAGGUGCUUAACUUUGUGGGCCAGUGCCCUGAGCUGUCGCUGGGCUGGUUUGAGGAGGGACAGCUGGUAGCUUUCAUCAUCGGCACUGGCUGGGAUAAGGAGAGGCUUUCACAGGAGGCAAUGACUCGGCAUGUUCCAGACACCCCCACUGUGCACAUCCAUGUGUUGUCAGUGCACCGUCACUGUCGCCAGCAAGGCAAGGGCUCCAUCCUCCUCUGGCGCUACUUGCAGUACCUGCGCUGUAUGCCGGGCCUCUGCCGGGCGCUGCUGAUCUGUGAAGACUUCCUGGUGCCCUUCUACGUAAAGGCCGGCUUCAAGGAGAAAGGAACAUCAGCCAUCUCCAUAUGCAACAUGCAAUUCCAAGAGAUGGAGUUCACACUUGGUGGGCAGGCGUUCGUACGGCGGAACAGUGGCUGCUAG